AUGGCGACGGAGUUCAGAUUGCGGAGAGAUCGAAUUGCAGUGACCUUGUUUUCAUGUAAAUCGAUUCGGUGUCUCGGGUGUGAAUGUGUGGAGUUGAAAGUUCCUGUAGAGGAUGAGGACCAAGGUUUGAAAAAUGGAUGUGAAAUUGAGACUGGUGGUGGUAAAGAGAGCAAGGUGAAUAGUAGUAGAGAUGAUCAGUUUGAAAUGAAUAUCAACCAAGUGAGCAAUUACAGCUAUGGAGAAGCUGAGGCAUUGGCUGAUGAUAUUGAAGAUUUUCCCACGGAGGAAGCUGUCCGCACUAUUAUUGAAUUUGUGAAGGCACCUGACAUGUCUCAGUGUGAUUUGCUAGAUAUGCCUGUUGUGGCACAAUUGGAGAAAGAUGCUAAAUAUGCUUUGGUAUAUCAGCUUCUGAAGAUCUUUCUAACACAGUCGCUGGAUACAUACUUAGAUUUUUACGCAGCAAAUUCCACUUUGCUGAAAAGCUAUGGUCUUGUCCAUGAAGACUGUUUAGUAAAGAUGAGGUUGAUGUCAUUGGUAGAUCUUGCCUCUGCUGAAUCUGGUCAAAUAUCCUAUCCACUAAUCAAGGACACUCUCCAGGUUAAUGAUGACGAGGUAGAAAUGUGGGUAGUUAAGGCAAUCACAGCAAAGUUAAUUGAUUAUAAGAUGGAUCAGAUGAACCAAAUUGUAAUUGUAAGCCGCUGCACUGAGCGCAUCUUUGGGAAGCAUCAAUGGCAAACCCUCCGAGAAAAGCUAGCAACAUGGAGGCACCUGGAACUGGGUCUUGACGGUACAAGAAUGGGAAUUUGGUUUGUUACGUAGUAAUAGGAAAAAAAGUGUUAGUUCAGUUUAUGCUUGGUUGCCCAGAUUAGAUGGUGGGUGUGGAUAGGAACCGAACCGAACCAAGUCUCAAGUCCCAUCAAAUGGGGUGGCUGCAUGAAUCUUUUUUCUCCACUCGAUUCUAUUCAAGGCCAUUUCGUUAGUCAAAUUAAAAUGAUUCGUAUCUCUAUUGGUGGGUGUGGAUAAGAAAUAGAAGUAAGUCCUGUUCUUAUACUUUCUCUAGCCCUGCACAGAAAUAUGCCAGUGAUCUAGGCAAAGUGAAAGUGACAACAUUAUUUGAAGGUAAAUUACACUGUUGGUUCAUAUAGUUUUAGCGAGAUUUUGCUUUGAUCCUCGUAGUUUUGAUUUCAUCAAUUUAAUCCCUGAAUUUUCAAUUGCGUUUCAAUAUGGUCCUUCCAUUAGUUGCCAUUUGCAUUUUGGAGCCAAAAAGACGUGGGAACUGAAGACUAAAGUGGAAUUAAAAAAAAAUAUACAACUAGGUACCACCAUUAUAAUUUAUUUAUUUUUCUUUUUGGGCGGGUAUUGCUAAAAUGCUUGUGUGAGUCAUACGAGGCCUUUUUCAGUCCAAAAAGCUAAUGACAAUUGAGGGAGGGACCACAUCGAAACGUAAUUGGAAAUGUGAGGUUUAAAUUGAUGAAAUUGAAAUUAUAGGGAUUGAAGUAAAACCUCUCUCAAAUUAGACGGACAAAUGGUGUAAUUACCCUUAUUUUUAAUUACAUUAGAGCUUUUAAUGCUAGUAUCUCAAGAGUUGUAUAAAUGUAUAGUUAUUUGUACUUGUGAGAAUAAUUUUGUGAUUGUCAGCUUGGUCUAUGGAAAAUUAGGAGUCAGAAAUGAUGAAAUUAUGUUAUUGAAAGUACAUAAUUCAAAAUUAUUGUUAAUUAAUUUGGUUAUGUUAGGUUUACUAGUGUUUAAAUUGGGAAAACUUAGGUUGUAUUGGCCUCGCUUUGAUCACAGUCCAACCACUAGAUUAGUCAUAUCUUUGAAUGAAUUGUGAUUCUAAUGGAAAAGGUUAUAUCUGGGUAUCUGGUAUUUUGUCUGUCCAGAAGGUAUUGUGUUCAUUUGGUCCUCAUAUUGGUCCUGCUAAAGGUAGUCUCCAAUCUAAGA